UCUCCGGCUAUCACCGUAAGCAUGUUAGUACUGAAUGAGCUCCAGUAUUCGACUCGGGUUUGACAAGUUUCCCCUGAUGAUCAUGGGGGUAGGAGUGGGUUGUUAAGUUGUUGACACAUCGGUUACAAAAAGUUACAGGUCAGUUUUCGCGUGUUGCAGUCGAACUUGUGGGAUCUUGCACUUUUUUCAAAUGUAGCGACCCGGAGAGAUCUCCGAUUUUUACUCCUCCGUGCGAUUCCGACAGCCAGUCAAGUCUACAUCGAAGAGGCGAACACAAGCGUCAAAAUGAACAGCCUGUCUUUUGACGAUCCUUCGUUGGAUAAUCUGGAUCCAACACUGUCGCUUCAUGAUCCCAGCGACAUCGACACGGCGCUCUUAAGCGACAUUGAUGACAUGUUGCAGCUCAUCAACAACCAGGAUAUGGAGUUUGGAGGACUCUUUGAUGCUGCUUCAUAUUCGGGGCAUCCUCCCACCCAAGAAAUGACUGGUAUGACCCAAACCGUCACCUCAGCAGCCCCGCCAGUCACCACUACCACACCUGCGUCGUCGUCUUCCUCGUCCAUUCUGAGCAGCAGCCCCCACCUCGAUGCGCUUCUGGGCCCUCCCAUCACACGCAGCUCUUCUACCCCGGACAAGGCCUUCCAGCCCGCCACUUUCCAGCAGUCUCCUUUGGCCCAGGUACCAAAUCCCCCCGCAAGGCAACAGCCAGCGUCGCCGCCGCAGGCUCAGGGCCUCAGGCAAGCCCAGGUGGAACAACCCCAGCCCAUCCUCAGCAGCCCGUCUGCUCAGGCCCAGCCCGCUUCUCCUCACAGCUCACCAGGACCAAACCAAGCGUUCAGCACUGCGCCUCAGGCUCUAUUCACCUCCCCUGCAUCUCAGUCUCCACCUCAGCCCCAACCGCAGGCCCAAACUCCGGCCCGGCCCAAUUACAGCAGCCAAAAUGGCUUCACAGCUGGAAGUCCCACCGCUGUGAGCGCGCCUGCCACCAGCCUGUCUUCCUCUCCUCCAGCUGUUCAGCCCGUCGCCAUCCAGACGCAGCUCCAAGGCCUGACCACCGCCUCUCCGAUCCUGGCCACGUCGACGAGUCCCCCGGCUCAAACCAUCACCCCUCACGUACAGCAAGUACCGGUGCUUCUGCAGCCCCAGUUCAUCAAGGCUGAGUCUCUGCUGCUCACCACCCUGAAGCAUGACCCCUGUAUGGUCACGACCGUGGCCUCUCCCACCUCUCUGGCCUCCACCACCCCAGUGCAGAGCACUUCACUGCAGGCGUUUAUGGGCGGAGGCACGAUCCUCACCACAGUGCCCGUCAUGGUGGACACUGAAAAGCUGCCCAUCAACCGCAUCGCCAUCAGCGGUAAGCCGACGGGCCAGCCACACAAGGGAGAGAAGCGCACGGCCCACAAUGCCAUCGAGAAGCGCUACCGCUCCUCAAUCAAUGAUAAAAUCGUGGAGCUUAAAGACUUGGUGGCUGGCACGGAAGCAAAGCUCAACAAAUCUGCAGUGCUGAGGAAGGCCAUCGACUACAUCCGUUACCUGCAGCAGUCCAACCAGAAGCUCAAGCAGGAGAACAUGGCUCUGAAAAUGGCGGCACAGAAAAACAAGUCACUGAAGGACCUGGUUGCCAUGGAGGUUGAUGCACAAGCCGAGGUGAAGAACGAGCUGCCCACUCCGCCAGCCUCUGACGUGGGCUCCCCGACCUCCUUCUCGCACUGUAGCAGUGACUCAGAGCCCGACAGUCCAAUGGGGGAGGACACCAAGCCAAACGUGGGCAUGUUGGACCAGCCGGCAGCAGGCGGCGGCGCCGGCGGAAUGUUGGACCGCUCCCGCAUGGCGUUGUGCGCCUUCACCUUCCUCUUCCUCUCGCUCAACCCGCUGGCUGCUCUGCUCUGCUCGUCCGGCGGCAGCUCCGCGGCCAUCACCACCCAUCACGCCGGCAGGAAUGUCCUGGGAGUGGACAUUGCAGCUGAUUCAUGGGGCUGGAUGGACUGGAUGCUUCCAACGAUCCUGGUGUGGCUGCUGAACGGUAUCCUGGUUUCGGGGGUUCUGAUUCGCCUGCUGGUAUACGGAGAGCCGAUAACCAGACCUCACUCUGGAUCGUCCGUCUUGUUCUGGAGGCACCGCAAACAGGCUGAUCUGGAUCUGGCCAGAGGAGAUUUUGCCCAGGCCAGCCACAACCUGUGGACCUGUCUGAAGGCUCUCGGUCGUCCUUUACCCACCUCCCAGUUGGACCUCGCUUGUGCCGCUCUCUGGUCUCUGCUGAGAUUCUGCCUGCAGCGGCUGUGGGUGGGCCGCUGGCUGGCUGCCAAGGCUGGAGGGCUGCGUUCGGAUCGCCCCCUGCAGGAGGACGCCUGCAAAAGCAACCGUGAUGCCGCCUUGGUUUACCACCGACUGCAUCAGCUUCACAUGACAGGUAAACUGAACGGCAGCCACUUGUCAGCUGUGCACAUGGCUUUAAGUGCUGUCAACCUGGCGGAGUGUGCCGGCUCGUGUCUGCCCGUGGCCUCUUUGGCUGAGGUCUACGUCUCUGCAGCUCUACGGGUUAAAGCCAGUCUGCCAAGGAUCCUGCACUUCACUUCUCGUGUGUUCCUGAGCAGUGCCCGUCAGGCAUGCCUGUCGUCCAGCGGCAGCGUACCUCCGGCUAUGCAGUGGCUCUGUCAUCCACUUGGCCACCGCUUCUUUGUGGAUGGGGAUUGGGCGAUUCGCAGCACACCUAAAGAAAGCAUCUACAGCCAGGCCGGCAACACCGUGGAUCCACUGGCUCAGGUGACUCAGGCCUUCAGAGAGCACCUCCUAGAAAAAGCUCUGUACUGCGUCGCGCAGCCUCGUGGGGAAAAAUGUCCGAGCCAGGGCGAGGGGGAGUACGCCGAUGCCCUGGAGUACCUCCAGCUGCUGAUCAGCGCUUCGGAUGCAGCUGGUGCCACUUCCCAGUCCUUUGCUAUUGGCUCCAACAUGGCUACUGUGACUGGCUGCGACCCUCACUCCAAGUGGUGGUCAUCGGUUGCCGUAGUGAUCAUCAACUGGCUCCAAGGAGAUGACGCCGCCGCUGAGAGACUGUAUCCGACUGUGGAGCACCUUCCCCGCAGUCUGCAGAACGCAGAGAGUCUUCUGCCCAAAGUGUGUCUCAACACAUUCCGGGCAGUGCGGGCUCUGCUGUCCAAGCCAGAAAACUGCCAGCAGAGUCUGAGCUACAGUGACAAGGCCAGCGCCCUGCUCCGAGACAGCCUCAACCUGGGACCGCACGGCCAUAGCUCCAGCCUAGACAAGGUGCUCCAGUUGCUGUCGUGCGACCUGCUGCUGGUCAUGAGGACCAAUGUUUGGCGUCUCCAGCAGCAAGGCAGCGCCCCCGCUGCGCCGGGGUCGGCGGGCAGCAGCGUCACUACGGGAGUCCACCAGGCGUCACCGCCAGAGCUCCAAGGCUUUCAGCAGGACCUCAGCUCCCUUCGCAAGCUGGCACACACCUUCAGGCCCGCAAUGCGAAGAUUGUUCCUCCAUGAAGCUACCGCCAGGCUGAUGGCGGGGGCCAGUCCCACCCGUACACAUCAGCUUCUGGAUCGCUCGCUGCGACGCAGAGCAACGCCCGGAGCUAAGACAGAGGAGUGUGAGACGCGGCCCGGCCAGCGGGAGCAGGCAGAGGCGGUGAUGCUGGCGUGCCGCUACCUCCCUCCCUCCUUCCUGUCGGCCCCGGGCCAGAGGGUGGGCAUGCUGGCGGACGCGGCCCGCACCCUGGAGAAGCUGGGAGACAAGAGGACCCUCCAUGACUGCCAGCAAAUGAUCAUAAAACUGGGCAGCGGCACCACCGUCACCAACAGCUAGAGCAACGGGAAGUGGGAGGGGCUGCGAGACGUGCAUGGACCCUGUACAUAGAAACAUCUUUGCCAUACCGAAAAUGCACACAAACAAGAACAAAGUAAGGCGCUUCUGCAGACACACAAAACAUACGGUCUCAUUUUGGCGUGCAGCUACUUUGUUACAGACGUGUUAAACUGUAAAGAUCCAUAUCGGACUGGAUUCCCAUCAUGGCUUUUUCCCUCCCCGCCCCACAUCAAAAAGCACUUCUAGAGUUUGCGCUCUUGUUGCUACGGAUUAUUUUGAGCGUGUAGGAAGCAGAUUUGACUCCUGACGAGCCAGAUCACCUUGCAGUGCCGCAGUUUGACCACAAAGAGGAGCCAUCACGUGCUUUUGGUGGAUUGGUGCAAUUUUGAAGAAGUGAAAGAGAUGCUUGCCCCUGGUUCCGUCUCUGUGUGGUCCCCACCCUUCAGCCUCCACACCAGUGGAGGCCUCGGCGGACCUGAGGGCUGCUCUCACAAGGCGUCUCCCUCCAUGGGGGACAAACGGCGGAACUCGGAGUGGUCUCGCACAGCAGGGAAGCUUUACCGCAGGUAGUCAAAGUUCAUUCAAAUCAUGCUCCACUCAAUAUAAUCUGUAGCGAGGCGAACUGCUGCCCAAACCCCGCGACUCUUAUCUGCACUAGGCCUGAAAGGCCGUUUUCAAUGAGAUGAGUAAUAUGUCUUUAUGGAGUUAUUUUCAUAGAGAUUGUUUGUUUGUUGUCAUUUUUUUUCUUUUGCUGUGUACAUAUUUUAAUAUGUAUUUAUAAUAUGUAUGAAUUUCAAUUAAGCAGUAUUUUACAUAAGCAGGAGUAAUACAUGCUUACUUUCUUCCCUUUGCUUUAUGGUAGUUUCAGACCAUGCUCACAUCCGGUAGAGACUGUUCUGAAUCUCUAUCAGAUCAGUGUUUAUGUCAUUUUAUCAAAGCGUCCAACUCAGCUGACCUUUAGCACCGUUGCACACGUAUGCAACAAUGAUAUUAAAGUAGCUUUCAGUAUCUGAUCCCGGAAUCGUAUCGGGGCGGACACGAACAACAACCUGAUAAGUCACACAAGUCAUGCAGACAGUUUCAAAUGUCUAUUUAUUGCUGGAGGGAAUCUCCAUUUUUUUUUUUUUUUUUUCUUAGUAGCUUCGAUAUCAAGAGCAGAACUUCCUAUUUCAAUCAUAAAAAGUUCAAGGAGGAUUUGAAGAGAACUGUAAAAAGAUGGGGAUCACAAACCGACUCGUCUUUGUCCCGGAGCCUGUAUGUUUUUGUAGUGUGUCUCUAAACCGAUUGUGACACAACUGUAGGGGGGAAACACCGUUCGCAUCCUCUCGGCACUUCCUUGUUUUCUGGUUUCAUCCUUUUACUGUGUAAAUAUUAAACGCAUUUUGUAAAGAAGAGA